AUGGUACACUUCCUUGCGACUCUGGCUCUUGCGGUGACCGCGGGCUUGAGCUGUGUUAGUGCUAUUCCUACGAUUUCGGCAAAAGGCUCCAAAUUCUUUACCAGUGAUGGAAACCAGUUCUACGUCAAGGGCGUCGCGUACCAACUCGUCCCCGAGGACCCGCUCAUCACCUCGUCGCAAUGCUCCCUGGAUGCCAACCUCAUGAAGACGAUUGGAGCAAACUCGAUCCGCGUAUACCACGUCGAUCCCAAGGGCAACCACGAUGCGUGUAUGAAGGCAUUUGCCGAUGCGGGCAUCUAUGUCUGGCUGGAUCUCGACACGUUCAACACGCAAAUCUACGAGGCUGCGCCGCAAUGGAAUAGUAGCCAGCGCGAUGCUUUUGCCCUCGUCAUGGAUGCGUUCCACUCGUACGACAACUUGGGUGGCUUCUUCGUUGGAAAUGAGGCUAUCACUACUGCCAACGGUUCUGUAACCGCCCCUUACGUCAAGGCCGCAGCCCGCGACCUCAAGGCCUACCGCGACUCCAAGUCUUACCGCAAGAUCCCCGUCGGCUACUCCGCAGCCGACAUCGCGAGCCUACGCCCCAUGCUCCAAAAUUACCUCGCCUGUGGCACCAAUUCGUCCGAGACACUCGACUUCUUCAGCCUGAACUCAUACUCCUGGUGCGGCGGCUCUUCCUACAUGCAAUCCGGCUACGACCAGCUCGAGAAGAUGAGCGAGUCCCUACACAUUCCCAUCUUCAUGUCGGAAACCGGCUGCAACACGGUGCGCCCGCGCGACUUCAAGGACCAAGAAGCCAUCUUCGGCGACAUGGCCGACACGUGGUCCGGCAGCAUCAUCUACGAGUGGAUUGAGGAGGCGAACAACUACGGUAUCGUCAAGUACGGCGACAAAGUCGACCCCGCGAGUCCCCGCGCGCCGCCUGAUGGCUUCCCGCGCAGCGGAACCCCGAUCCCCGUGCAGCCCGACUUCUCGAACCUCGCGAAUGUGUGGAAGACGCUGAGCCCGAGCGGCGUUAAGGAGAGCGCGUACAACCCCAGCCAGGCGCCCGUGUCGUGCCCUGCUUUCACGGCGGGUGCGUGGGAAGUUAACCCUACUGCUGCGCUGCCGACUAUGGGUCAGGUUCACAACUUUGCAUCUGGUGCGGCUUCGUCUACCGAGCGCGCUGCUGGUGCCACUGGCGGUCCAACUGGAACCUCGACUCCGGCUCCUGCUGGCUCGCAGGGCGCGGCGGCUGAUAACCUUGGUCGCGACCUCAAGCGCUCGGCUACUGCGGCUGCUGGCGUGUUGGCGCUUCUUGCGUGGUUGUAG